AUGCUCUUUAGAUUAUCAUCAUCUUCCUUGUUUUCAUCGUCAUCCUCGUCUGUUAACGGUGGCAAUAAUUCAUCAACUACACCAACAAUAUCAAUAUCAUUAAACUCUUCCACAUCAGAUUCAUCAACAUCGGCCUCUUCAAUGUCAUCAUCAUCCUCUUCAAUAGAACCUGAUGAAUAUGUAAUCACUAUUGUAUUGGUGACCGAAAUGCAUACUCUAUAUUCAAACUUUAGUUGCACAAUUGUUCCAUUCAAUCAAACAGAAAUUAUCAUAGAAUGUUAUAAUGAAAACUCUUCAAUUUUAACAUUCACAGAAUCUUUUGAAUGUAAUAUUGGUUAUUCAAUGAAAUACUCAUUAAAUAUUCCACAAACUACUUCAAUUGAUGAUGAUAUUAAUAGUAGCAAAAGUAGUAUCAAUAACUCAAGUCACACCAAUAGUGAAUCUCUCCAAAUCCUAAAUAAAAUUAAUUAA